UCUUCUCUGAUCAGUUAUAGGCCAGAGGACGCAUCUCUGAUCAAGUUGCUCACUCCAGAUCGAGCAUCAUUUGGUACGCCAUGACCUGCUUCGGUGUGCUCAAUGGGAAGCCUGUAUUAUCUCGGCUGAAGCCAUCCUUGACCAGGACUGUGUUCGUCGGGAACAUCGCAACGCUGAGUACAAGCAGCCAUAUACCUGUUUCAGACGACUUGCUCGUCGCGUUGUCUGUGUAUGUAGACGCGAUACAAGACGUUUGUAUCGAUCCUACUUACUUCUUCCUUUCGUGAGCCCCCGGCGUGUACGAGGUGUGGUAGCAUUGAUUAGCGUUAUGAGGAUCACCGACG